AUGGCAGAAGCGAUAUUAGAAAGCAUUACUAUUCCUGCGGUUCUUUCAAAGGAUGAGUGUAUUUACUGCUUUGAGUCUCCUUAUAAUGAGUCACUAGCCCUCAACGCAUCUCCCAAGCAUUUUUUGAACAUAUGUUUAGAUUGUUUCCAGGCUGUUUGCAAUAGGCAUCUCCCGCUACAUUCCAAGGUCACAAAACAUGCAUGUGGAUCGAUCCAUUCCAAUUAUUUAACUAUUGCUAAAGUGGAAAAAUCAAAGCAAGAAGACGCACAAGAAAACAAUAAUAACAAAAAGAUAAAACUACAAGUUAUUGAGAAAUCAGAAGACGAGACUCAUGACACUUUUUGGAGUUUGCAAAAAUUUAACGGUGAAAACGUGCCCAGAACUGUACUUUUAGAAUCAACAGAGACGAACGUUUCUUCGACGUCCUUAGAGAAGAUUGAAAAAAUAAUAAGGGCAAAAUCACAGGAUUUCGAAGAUAAAAAGAAUUCGUGGGAGUUAGAAAUCAGCACUUGCCCUCAUACGGAAAACUUCCAGAUUCCUGCUAAGCCUGAAGAUGCUGUGAAUAUGAACCAAUGCUCUUCAUGCGACCUGACCCAAAAUCUGUGGUUCUGCCUACAUUGUGGCAACAUAGGAUGUGGUAGAGAGCAAAUCGGGAUUGAUGGUCACUCUCAUGCUUUGGAUCAUUAUCGUAACAAUAGUAAUCACCCCUUGGCAAUCAAAUUAGGUUCAUUAAGCUCUUCAACUUAUGACUUGUACUGCUAUGCCUGUGACGAUGAGACUAGAUUUCCAGAUAAUGUAAACUUGGGUGCUGCAUUGCAAAUAUACGGAAUCAAUAUACAAGAGAAGAUUGCGGAUGAAAAAACCCUAGUCCAGUUACAAGUAGAACAGAACGAAAACUGGCAAUUCAGAAUGGUCGAUUCUAGUGGUAAAGAAUUUAAAAGAUUAUUGCCAAACAAAGAUUAUGGCUGUGGCCUGAUCAAUUUGGGUAAUUCAUGCUACUUAAAUUCGGUCUUGCAAAGUUUAUUAAAUGGUGGCGUCCCAAAUUGGUCUUUAGAUUUUUUAGGAAGUGAAUUCCCAUUGGACGUUGUCUAUCCUGCAAGUAAUUUGAAAUGUCAGUGGAUUAAGUUACUAAAUGCUAUGAAGUGUGAACCAGAAAUUUAUCCGAAUGGUAUCAAGCCCACCACUUUCAAAAAGUGUGUAGGCAAAAGUCAUGAAGAGUUUAGCUCCAAUAGACAGCAGGACGCAAUGGAAUUUUUAACUUUCCUUUCGGACCUAUUGGACAGGAAGUUUUUUUCCGACAGUUCAUCAGCUGAUUCGAAUCCAAACGACUUGGUUAGGUUUAUGAUGGAGGAUAGAUUACAGUGUAAUAAAUGUGGGAAAGUCAAAUACUCAUAUGAACCAGCAGAGGCUAUACAGCUUCCCUUAGAAGAAAAUGACGACCCUCAAGAUUUGCUGGAGAUAAUUAAAGCGUAUUUUGAAGGGCAAACAAUUGAAUUCAAAUGUGCCAACUGUAAAGAAACAGUCACAGCGAACAAAAGACCUGGUUUCAAAUCACUUCCACCAACACUCGUUUUAAAUCCGAUAAGAAUUAAAUUGCAGAAUUGGAUUCCUGUCAAGACAAGUAAUGAACUUUCUUUACCAGGUUUAAGUGAUAAAGACGAUGUGCUUGAUCUUUCAUCUUAUUUAUCACAAGGAUUUAACCCACAGGCGGAGGAUCUAUUGCCUGACGAGGACGAAAGCGACACAAAGUUUACCCCAAACCAAUGCAGCAUUUCUCAAUUAAUUGAAAUGGGGUUUACUCAAAACGCCAGUGCGCGUGCUCUAUUCAACACAGGUAACCAAGAUGCUGAGAGCGCCAUGAAUUGGUUAUUUCAACAUAUGGACGACCCUGAUUUAAAUGAUUCCUUUGUUGCGCCUCCUACUAACCUCAAAAAAGAUGAAACGGAAGUUGAUGAGACCUCACUAACUUCAAUAUUAUCUAUGGGACUAAAUCCUAAUUUAUGUCGUAAAGCUUUGAUACUUAACAAUGGCGAUGUCAACCGCAGCGUGGAGUGGAUCUUCAACAAUAUGGAUGAUGACGGAAGAUUGCCUGAUCCUGAAGGACCAACUGGACGGCAACAACGAAAACAAAAGGAUCUGGGCUAUUCGACUUCUAGACCUUACGCUUUAACUGCGGUUGUUUGUCAUAAGGGAAAUUCUGCUCACUCAGGUCAUUAUGUUGUCUUUAUCCGUAAAUUAGUGGCAGGUGAAUGGAAAUGGGUCCUUUAUAAUGAUGAAAAAUUGGUUGUUGCCGAAAGCAUUGAAGAUAUGAAAACAAAUGGUUACAUUUAUUUCUAUACAAGAUGCUAA